AUGACGUUCCGCAAAGAAUUCUACAGCCUGUGCCUUGUGCUUAUCGGGUUAGUGCUGGUGAACGCGGAAGAUGUUCAAAUAAGUUUGCCCGCUGAAGCCGAAGUUUUGAAAGGGAAUUGUUCAUGCGGCGGUUUUCCUACGUCUAAACCAGAGGCUAAUAGUUCACCGCUUCUAUCACAAACACCUGGAUUGGUAGUUAGUUGUGACGAGGAAGGUAGCACCACAUGUAAGAAUUUAUGUAACGCUCUGGCUAUAGCGACCAAAGCGAAGGGACCUGAAAUAUUAUGCAACCGACUUAAAGAUGCCGAUGAACUUAAGUUAUCUGCGUUCUAUAAAAUCUGCGAUAUGCCCUGGGUUUACGCUGAUAUGACUGCAGACGAGAGCCUUUGCUGUCAAGAUUCCAUAGUGAAGGUAUGCCCUUCAGCCGAUCGUGGAACGAUGACCACACCUAGUGUCAACGGAGAAAAAUAA